ACCCAGUGCACAUUUUCGGAUAAUAAUAUAACCUGCAAAUUAAACUUUCCCGUAAACCAAAGUUUUUAUUUUUGCUUUAACCUAAUUAAAUCACUUGUCUGGCUGGAUAUGCGUGGAAUCCAAGUGUCCAACUCCAUACUAAUCUAAACCUUUAUAUAUAAUGGCUAAGGAUUUAUAUAUCAGCCAAUAGGAGACUCAGAUCAGCUCCCAUUCCCCAUUUCAUGGAGAAUUCCAUUAAUCCUACUGAUAAUGAAGGAUUAGUGGAAUCUUUCCCAGAAGAGAAAUGGAGGGGAGAUGAGCUUCUUUGCCAAAUCAAUGGCUUUUGGCUCAUGCCUCACUUCAUCCCUGGAAUCAAACGAGUUCUCACUCACUUCAAACCACUCCCCACUGAUAUAAUCCUCUCUUCUUUCCCCAAAACUGGCACUACAUGGCUUAAAUCUCUCCUUUACUCCAUCACCAAUCGCUCUUCCAUACAUUCUUUAGUCCAAAACAAUCCCCAUGAACUUAUCCCCUUCCUCGAAAUCCAUGUCUAUGGAGAAUCUAAACCAACAGGCCUAGGAAUCCCUGCAGAUACCAAUCUUGAUUCUCCCAGGAUCUUCAGCACACAUAUUCCUUAUCAGUUACUAGGUACCACCCUGGAAUCCUCGGGCUGUCGUGUCGUUUAUGUCACGAGGAACCCGAAGGACACCCUGGUUUCGAUGUGGCAUUUCGUGAACAGAUGGAAGGGGGUAGAGGAGGAGGAGAAGCCAUGGGAGUUGGAUGAAGCUGUGGAGAAAUUCUGCGAUGGGGUUUUCCCUUGCGGGCCUUACUAUGAUCAUGUGUUGGGGUACAGAAUGGCGAGUUUGGAGCGUCCUAGGAAUGUUUUGUUUGUUACUUAUGAGGAGUUGAAGAGUGACGCUAAAACUCAUGUCCGGAGAUUGGGUGAGUUUCUGGGUUGUCCUUUCGGAGAGGACGAGGAGGAAGUGGAGGAGGUUGUGGAGAGUUGCAGCUUUGAGGUUUUAAGUGGACAUGAAGUGAACAAGUCCGAGGAUUUGGCUUCAUGGUUUCCUGUCCCCUACAAUUCCUUCUUCAGAAAAGCAUCUGUUGGUGAUCAUAAGAAUUAUCUUCGACCUGAAAGUAUUCAGCGCAUUGAUGAACUCACCAGGGAGAAAUUUCACAAGUUUGGUUUUGUUUAUGGUAUUUAGUUAUCU